AUGAUGCGGCUCCAUGGGGCAGUGAUACUUGUAGCCGCCCUCGUCGGAUCCGUGUUUGGAGCAGGCAACCCUUACAUUCGCGCUCAUAACCAGUUCCUGAGCUUCUUCCCCGCGUCAGAAGACUUCCUACCGGGAAUAAUACAGAGCAGCUGCGCUGGUCAAUUCGCCAACUAUACGAACCAGAGCCUACCCGAUGGCGAGGGGCAUGCUUGGGCCGGCAAGCUGAUCGACUGCGUCUUGCCGGCCUGCACGCAGGGCUAUCAGAAUGAGUUUACGGUUUCUGGGCUUCUCAUUGGACUGUUACCGGCUGGGUUAUGGCAGUUUGGCCCGUCAAUGGCGGAUCUAGCCUUGUUGGCGACCCGGCGGCCGGUGCUCGCUUUCCUCCUCGCCUUUGGCACGCCGUCUCCCAACUUGGGCCUACAGGGGGGUUUAAUCAAUCGAGACUUGGCUUCCUAUGUAUCAACCGUGCCGAAUGUCGGGUUUCCUCGCUCGUUGAUGCGAGCACCUUGGGUUGUUCGCGCUGCCAUCUCCUGUGAUGAGUACCUAGCCGGCAUGCUCGCCACGGGGAAUGUCGUCUAUCAGGUCUAUCGGCUCACCUACAAGGCCGUGUCGCAGGCUACCGUGAGCAUCAAGAUCUCCAACGUGCCAGAAACGUACAUCUUAUUCUUUUGGAUGGUUGUCAUGGCGCCGAUCUUUGGCAUUGCAUAUAGUACGCUGAGAGCGGGAUACUCUAUUGCGUCCUCAAAGGCCAUUCAGAGGAGAUCUGUCGUAGUGACAUGGGUAUUGGAUGAAUUUACCCCGUCACUGUAUGGGCGACCACUACGUUUGGAAAGACGACCCGGCGGAUGGGUUUACAUGCAUGUUAUUCUCGGCUGGUUUGGCAGUGUGUUAUCCAUUUUGCAUAUAUGGCUCGGGACUGUUGUCCUAGGGAGCAUUCUCUUUGUGACACUGCCCGACAUGUUGACCGUGGUCGAAGCGCUUGUCGGCUGUGCUCUGCUAUCGAGAAUAGUGCUGGCAUUUGAAUUACACGGUAUAAAACAGGUCUCAUCCAGAGAACUUUCUCGAUAUUACAGCGUGGAUGCUGAGGGGGCUAGGGAGGUGAAACGAGAUGCCGGAGGUGGGGCCGAAGAACUAGAGCCGAUGCGACUCGAUUGA